AUGAAGAUUUUAUACAUAAUAUUCUUUGUCUUUGCAUUGUGGACAGCUGCCUUUACUAUUCCCGGCCUCGAGACUCGCAAGUCCAAACAAUGUACAGGCAACGCAGCCCACACUCGGAAGAAGUGGUGUGAUUAUAACAUCAACACUGAUUACACCAAUGUAGUUCCUAAUACGGGUGCCACUCGUGAAUAUUGGUUUUCCAUUGACGAAGUCACCGUCGCCCCUGACGGCGUUUCGCGCCCAGCAAUGGCGGUCAAUGGGACAAUUCCUGGACCCACCCUCUAUGCCAACUGGGGCGACGAGGUUGUUGUACAUGUCACGAACCAUCUCUUUGAAUCGGAAAAUGGGACAAGUAUUCACUGGCACGAAAUUCGUCAGAACUAUACCAAUUCAAACGACGGCGUGGUUUCAAUCACCCAGUGUCCAACUGCGCCUGGAUAG